AAUGAAAAAUUCUUUUGCGCAGUAUAUAAUACAAUUUUUAUUUCUUUAAUAAAUUCGAAACUCCUAUUUAAAAUUAGUUAUAAUAAAUAACAUACGAGCACAUAAAUAUAAAAAAUGAGUGCAACAAAAAUAUAAUUAAAUAAUAAAUUUUGAAAAGAAAAUUUUGUUUUUGAAUUGAUUCCAUGCUUGUUCCUCCCAAAAGCUCUGCUGUACGUGUUUCUCCAGUUCAUGGAUAUUUCGGAGUUUAAAAUUGCUCAAAUAAAAAUGAAAAUAAACUAAAAAUAUAAUUUAUUAAUAAUAACUUAUGUAUAAUAUAUUUGAAAACUCCUUCGUUAUUCAUUUAUUUUCUUAACACAAAAAGAGUUAUUGCACAGGAGCAAGCAAAACUUUGGUUAUCGCGCGGAAUAACAGCUAAAUGGGAAUUUCUCUCUCUGUUUAAUAUAUACAGAAUUUGCUUUUGGAAAAAUCGUGAACAUUCAACGCUGAAAUAUUGGGUGGAUCUAGUAAACUAAAACAUAAUUAAUUGCAGACUUUUGUUACCCCUACAUAUGUUUCAUUGAUUUCAUGUCGUUCCACAAUCUUGCUUAUUUCACAUCUCAACAUUUGCGGCAUUAUCGUCCAAUAUUUCGUGUUGUUUAGAUAUCUUUUUGGAGAAAAUCGAACAUUUGUCUUUAUAAUAAUUAAUAUCACAUAAAUAUCAAUUAAAAAUGGCUGAUGUACUCGAUAUUGAUAACGCGGAAGAGUUUGAAGUUGAUGAGGAUGGUGAUCAGGGGAUUGUACGUCUAAAGGAGAAAGUCAAACACCGCAAGGGUCGUGGAUUUGGCAGCGAAAGUAAUUCCCGAGAGCCCAUACAAAGCUAUGAACGCGUACGUCACGAAGACGAGGAUGAACUCGAGCCGGGACCACAACGCUCCGUUGAGGGCUGGAUAUUAUUUGUUACGUCAAUACAUGAGGAAGCUCAAGAAGACGACAUACAAGAGAAAUUUUGUGAAUUUGGUGAUAUUAAGAAUAUUCACCUGAAUUUGGACCGGCGAACCGGUUUCUCCAAAGGCUAUGCGCUAGUCGAAUACGAGACCCAUAAAAACGCGUUGGCUGCAAAAGAAGCAUUGCACGGUACCGAAAUUAUGGGUCAAGUUAUACAGGUAGAUUGGUGUUUUGUGAAAGGACCUAAACGUAUGAAGAAAUCAGAGAAGCGAAGGAGAUAAGAAAUGAAAAAAUAUUGAUAUCCGUCCGAUACUUUGCAGUAGUAGUAUCGAGAAUGAAGAAAUAUUACUUUUUUUAAGGAAAAUCAAUAUGAAAUACAAAUGUUUAAAAAAUAUAUAUUUAAAAUGAUUUCCAUGUAAUAUCUAUUUAAAAACCAAAUAAAUUAAACUCAUUAAAACA